CGACGACGACCGGCGUCUCUCACUUGUGGUUGCGUUGACUUGAUCAUUCUCGAUACUGGUCUUGGACGAGGAACCAGAAUGAACGAAUCAAGUCUAGGAAAUUCAGUCCCUCCAGACACACCCCACGCGAUCUCUGUCUCGUUACCGACAUGGAGGGAUAACGUCGGUUACGAAGAAGGCGAAAAGAGGGUGGUGGAGAAGAUGGUCACAGGCUACCCUCGCUUCUUCAUCCACCUGAGUGUACAAAAGCUCGCUGCGAUCUGCGAACACAAAUACGCCGUCGGCAACGAACGAUGCAUGUUGUUCCCCUCGAAAAAAGUCGCAGAGCAGUGUAGGAGUUUUAUCCAGCGCCGAUCUGGCGUCCUCGGCAAACCCGUCUCUGCACGUAUCGUCGACCUCCUCAUCUGUCCCGACGAACCCCAGCCCCAGCCACAAUCCAACGGCACUACCAACGGCACCGGUACCACCACCACCACCGAAGCCAAUGGAAAACCAUGCUCGGAAAGCAUCGCGAACACCUGUGCUGAACUCCAUAUCGUUUUGUUCCCCGGCGACGCGUUCAGUGUUGCAAAGGAGUUCUGGCAGCAUGCCGGACUGGGCAUCUCAAGUCGGUUUGCGGAGAAGUGCUUGUCGUUGUUGCCCAAGGAGGAUAGGAACAGGACAGUGAAGGCGGUUGAGAGGCCUGUUUCGCCCGUGCAGAGGAGAGGGUUCCCAGCUGGGAGGGGGUUCAACAAGCAUUACUCGGCUGUGAAGAAGGGUGCGCAGGGUGUGUCCUCUACGUCUCCCAGGUCGCCCACGUUCCCGCCGAUCUCGCCUACUACGACCAAUGGAAAUGGAGCGGUUCCAGCCAACAAUUGUGGAUGUGGCGACGAAGAUGAAGCGAUGGAUUCUGUCUACCUCGAAGAACGCUACGGCCGCAACCUCCCUCUCUCCGCCGCCUCGUUCGCCAAGCGCGCCCUCCGCCGCCGUGUUGCUGGUGUCUUGCUAUGCGAUGUGCCGGAUUGUCAGGGUACGGCUGGCCAGGAGGAUCUGGUUGUUGGUCCGAGUACGAGAGGUGUGAAGGACGUUUCCGAGAACGAUGUGUACCUCUAUCCGAGCGGGAUGACGGCGAUUUGGAGUGCUCACCAGGUUGCGCUGGGGGCCUUGGGGGAGGCGAAGAGUGUGUGCUUUGGGUUCCCUUACACCGACACCCUCAAGAUCCUGCAAAAGUGGGGACCGGGAUGCCACUUCCUCGGUCACGGGCUCGACAGCGACAUUGACAAAUUGGAAAAGAUUUUGGAAUCCGAAUCCCAGGCUCACCCCGGUACCCGCCCCAUCCUCGCUCUGUUCACCGAGUUCCCAUCCAACCCGCUCCUCCGCUCUGCCGACCUCCCUCGUCUUCGUAGAUUGGCCGACAAAUAUGAUUUCUUGAUCAUCAUUGAUGAGACGAUUGGGAAUCUGGUGAAUGUGACGGUUAUGCAGUAUGCGGAUGUGGUGGUUAGUAGUUUGACAAAGGUGUUUAGUGGGGCUUCGAAUGUUAUGGGUGGGAGUCUUAUUCUGAACCCCAAGGGGCGACAAUACAAAUCGUUGAAGGAGGCAAUCACCAAGACGUAUGAAGACACCUACUUUGACGAGGACGCCAUCUACAUGGAACGCAACUCUCGGGAUUUCAAGAAACGGAUCCAGACGAUCAACCAGAACGCCGAAGCGAUUUGUGAUUUCUUGUACACCCGGUCUCUCAAGGGCGGGUCUACAAACCCUAAUACGGCGAUUAAAGAAGUGUUUUACCCCAAGUACACCACGCCGGAGCAUUACGACCAUUGUCGUGUUACGUCGGCGCAAUCUGAGGACGGGAAGGCUGGAGGAUAUGGAGGGUUGUUCUCGUUGACUUUUACCUCCCUUGAAGCCUCAAAGCUGUUCUUCGAUACGCUGCCGUGUUUCAAGGGUCCGAGUCUUGGAACGAACUUUACGUUGGCUUGCCCCUUUACGAUCUUGGCGCAUUACGGGGAGUUGGAGUGGGCGGCGGAGUUUGGGGUUGAGGAGGGCUUGGUGAGGGUUAGCGUUGGAUUGGAGGAGACGGGGAAGUUGUUGGAGUCGUUUGAGCUUGCUGUGAAAGCUGCGGAGGGUGUUGUGAAGGCCUAGGCCUAAGGACGAUUGGUGCGAUUAUUGUUUUCCGUUUCUCUCUUUUUUUAUUAUUUGCGAGUUCCUCCAACAGGACAUCUCUAUUCUGUAUCAACACGCAUUACUCACUUGUAUCCAACUACAUAGCAUGCAUGUAUCGUCAUUCAAUA